AUGAUACGUUACCUGGCGGUGCUCACCGCCGCCUUGCACCUCGUGCAGGGCCAGACCGAUCCGUGUUUGCCGGGCGUUACCUGUGCCACCUUCAACUGCACCGAAGACAGCCGAUGUCUGAACUGGAACCCGUCGGGCGGGGUGCUGCUGCUGGCGCACCCGAACUGCGCCAAGUUCUACAAGUGUGCCAACGGGAAAGCCUGCGAGUACGACUGUCCCGCCAGCCUGCACUUUAACGUGAACGAACUGGCCUGCGACUGGCCGGGGCGGGCCUGCUGUGAUCCGACCGUCCCGUGCAUUCCGGACGAUCCUUGCAUACCGGGCGUGACGUGCCCACCGUCACCGUCCGAUCCGCCGAUUACGACAGCGGCCCCUCCAGGGCCGGUGACGCCUACGCCAGCACCCGUCACGCCUGCGCCACCGGGUCCGUGCGUGCCGGGACUCUGUCCAAACUGCGUAAUCGACGCCCGGUGCCCGAUCAACGAAGACCCGAACAAUCCGACCGUGUUUGCGCACGAAUCAAACUGUGGCCUGUUUUACAAGUGCGACCUCGGCAGCCGCUGCGUCGUAUCGUGUCCGGCGGGGCAACACUUUAGCACGCAGACGCGCCGCUGCGAGUUCCCGAAUGUGGCCUGCUGCGAUCCGACCGUAGCCUUUACAUGUCCACCGACCGGGGGUGAAAACUGUUACAACGACAUGCGCUGCCCGGCGAUCGAUGGGGUCAAGCCGACGCUAUUCGCUCACUCCGACUGUGGCAAGUUCUACAAGUGCGCUAAUCGCCGGGCUUGUGAGCACUAUUGUCCGCCAGGGCUGCACUUCAACUCCUUAGAGUUCGUGUGCGAUUGGCCCGGAAGUGCCUGCUGCGAUCCGACGAUACCGUGCAAUCCUCCGUGCAUACCGGGUGUCACCUGCCCGCCGAACAGCACCAGGCUCAGGAUGCAACUUUCGCUCAUCCUGGUUGCCGCCCUGGCCGUCACGCUCGCCAGCGGACAGGCUCCGUGUGACCCGUCGGUCACCUGUCCCACGUUCAACUGUCACCCGCACGCCAGCUGCCCCUCGCGGGAUCCGGUUCACGCGGUGCUCCUGCCGCACGUCGAUUGCUCCCGUUUCUACAAGUGCAGCGGCGGGAACGCGUGCGAGCACAUCUGCCCCACCGGCCUCCACUUCAACGCGGCCGAACUGGCCUGCGACUGGCCAUCGCGUGCCUGCUGCAACCCGGCGCUUCCGUGCAAUCCGGACGAUGAGAUCGAAAGCGACUGCAUACCGCACGCCAACUGUCCGGCCUCGUCGUCGCAAGCCGUGCUGCUACCGCACAACGACUGCUCAAUGUUCUACAAAUGCACCGGCCAGUUUGCAUGCCCGAUGGACUGCCCGCCGCUGCUGCACUUCAACCCGCGCCUAAGUGCGUGCGAUUGGCCCGAGCAGGCGUGCUGUGAUCCGUCCGUACCGUGCGAUCCGUGCAUUCCCGGAGUAACUUGCCCACCGGUAGGCCCCGGAACGCCAGGUCCCGGUCCCGUUACGCCAACUCCCGCUCCGAUUACGCCGCCUCCCGCUCCGAUUACGCCGCCCCCCGCUCCGGUUACGCCGCCUCCUGCUCCGAUUACGCCGCCUCCCGGUCCGAUCACAACCACUCCAUCCCCGGGUGAUGUUCCUUGCGAUCCUUCGGUCACGUGCCCGCUGAACUGCAUCGCAGACUCGCGCUGCCCGGCGCGUGACGGCGUCCAUCCGGUCCUGCUGCCAAGCAUUAACUGCGCCAAGUUCUACAAGUGCCAGUCAGGACGGGCCUGCGAGUUCGACUGUCCGCCCGGCCUUCACUUCAACGAGAGCCAGAUGGUGUGUGACUGGCCGCACCAGGCCUGCUGUGAUCCGACCAUCCAGUGUAUCUGGUGCAAGUGCAAAGUGUCGUCGCUAUCUCCACACGGAACCGCCAUGAUGCGAUCGUUGGUGUUGGUGAUCGUCGUCGCGGCGAUCGUAAAGGGCGAUGUGGCGCAGUGGAACUGUAACCUGUGCCCGCAGGGAGCAUGUGCCAACGAUGCGCGGUGCCCCGCGGGGGACAACCCCUUCGAUCCGACCAUGCUGCCGCACGCCAACUGCAACCAGUUCUACAAGUGUUCGCAUGGCCAGGCCUGCGAGUACACGUGCCCGGCCGGACUACACUGGAGCCAAGCGCUGAGGCGCUGCGAAUGGCCACAUGUGGCGUGCUGUGAUCCCUCCGUCGAGUGCGCUCCGGGUUGUCCGGGUGUGUGCCCCCCGGUCACAACAGUCGCCCCGCCGCCUACAACGACCACAACGACCACGACCACUACAACAACAACGACUCCGAUCACGACCACCACGACGACGGUGCUCCCGGAUGUUCCGUGCCCAGCGUGCCUCUGCACACCGGAUGUCCGUUGCCCGCUGAUGGACGAUCCGUUCAAUCCGACUCUGCUGCCGCACGAGUUCGAUUGCACGCAAUUCUACAAGUGCACGUUCGGUGAACGCUGUCCAAUGGUGUGCCAGCCGGGCGAACACUUUAGUGCGAGGUUGCAACGCUGCGAGUGGCCACAGUACGCGUGCUGCGAUCCGACCGUCCCGUGCCAGCAGCUCCCCGAUCCGAGCGAUCCGUGUUGGCCUACGCCCUGCACCACCGCCAUACCGCCGUCGAGCUGCGUCCCCGACAAUGGCUGCCCGAUCGCGGACAAUCCGAUGAACCCGCUCCUGCUGCCGGUACCCGGCAACUGUACCGCAUUCUACAAGUGCCACUUCGGUGAGGCUUGCCUCAUUUCGUGCCCAGUCGGGGAGCACUUUAGCCGGGCUCUGCAGCGCUGCGAACGGCCGGAAGUGGCGUGCUGCGAUACGACGGUCGUUUGCUGUGCCGCCUGCGUGUCCCAGCGGCGCCGGGAGCUGAACCGACUGCUCGGCAUCAAGAGUUACGAAUGA